UGCAGACACUGUAACAUGCUGCUGCUUAGAUUUAUGCAACGCCUGAAGUGGUGGAGUCUGCGAAAAAUGUGUCAUAUGCAAAAGAGGCAAAACUGCAACGUUGCUGACAUUACGCAUACGUCAAGUGGUGCACACUCCAGCUGGUAUAAAAGGAAGCUCCGUGUGAUUGUACAAUUUAAUAGACGCUCUGAGCCAGAACCCAACGGAUCGAAGCGUUGUUAUCACAAAAUGCUGCUGAAAUCGUGCUUGUUGCUGCUACUGUGCGGCGUUGUGGCGCUGUCUGCCACCAACUACGAUGGCUACAAGAUCUAUGAUGUGAAUGCACGUAACAACUUUGAGAAGCAGCUGAUGUUGCGUCUGUCUCAAAAUGAAGAAUACGAUUUCUUUGAUCUGCCACGUGAAGCUGAUGCUGCCACACGUAUCAUGGUGCAGCCCAAGGAUCAGUCCAGCUUCGAGGAUAUGCUGAGCCAUUUCAAUUUGGAUUACACGAUUGUCGAUGAGAACUUUGGCGCCACUCUUGAGAAGGAGCAGCUGGAGAAUCAGAGCCAACGUCUGAUGACCGCACGUUCCACCUCACGCAGCGUUGGCUUCACUGCCUUCCACCGUUUUGCCGAGAUCAAUGCCUAUUUGGAUGAGCUGGCUAAGGCCUAUCCCAGCCGUGUGUCCGUCCAGACUGUGGGCAAGUCCUACGAGGGUCGCUAUCUGAAGACUAUCACCAUCACCAACGGUGAUGGCAAGACUGGCAAGAAUGUCGUCUUCUUGGAUGCUGGUAUUCAUGCUCGUGAAUGGAUCGCUCAUGCUGGUGCUCUGUAUGUCAUCCACCAGCUGGCCGAAAACUUUGCUGCCAACGCUGAUCUGUUGAAGAACUACGAUUGGGUCAUUUUGCCAGUGGUCAAUCCCGAUGGCUAUGAAUACACUCACUCCACAACUCGCUUGUGGCGCAAGACUCGCAAGCCAGCUGGCACUUGCUCUGGCACCGAUGCCAAUCGCAACUUUGACUUCCACUGGGGUGAGGUUGGUGCCUCCUCUUCUUCCUGCGCCGAUACUUUCAAGGGUGUCACUGCCUUCUCUGAGCCCGAAACGCAAAUUGUGCGCGAUUUGCUGCUCGGCUUGACAGGCCGCGGCAAGUUCUAUCUGACUCUGCACUCUUAUGGCAAUUAUCUGCUCUAUCCAUGGGGCUGGACUUCUGCUCUGCCCAGCGACUGGAAAAUCAUCGAUGAGGUGGCUCAAGCAGGUGCUGAUGCCAUCAGAAGCUCGACUGGCACCAGAUACUCUGUGGGCAGCUCCACGAAUGUGUUGUACGCUGCCGCUGGCGGUAGUGAUGAUUAUGCCUUUGGUGUUGCCGGUUUCCCCAUCUCCAUCACCAUGGAAUUGCCUGCUGGUGGCACUGGCUUCAAUCCCACAACUGCUCAGAUUCUGCCCUUCGUCACCGAGACCUGGACUGGUAUUCGUGCCAUGGCCCUGAAGGUCAUUGACAAGUACUAAACAGAACUGUUUGCAAAUAAAAUACAACAUAUUUUAUACACAUCGAA